UUUCCAGCCUUCGGUGAAGAAGAAAGCAUUUUUUCCUCUGCAGCUUUACGCAGACACCGGGAUAUUUUUAGGCUGUUUCACAAUGAAUAACACACUUUCAGACAUCUACAGGGUGCGGACUGGAACCCAAGGGUGUGCAGUGAAUGGGCAGGGACAAAUCCCCGGAGAAAGCCACGGGCUUUCAGUACGUGAGCUGCCGCUGGCACAGCCCCGGCUGCUGGCGGAGCUUGCUGCUGCCCCCGGUGGCAGGCUGCUCGGCGCUGCUGAAGCCCCAGCUCCUCGGGAAUGCUGGGAAUGUUGAGUCAGGGACUAGCAAACCAGGCAGCCAGGCUCGCAGCUGACAGGGAGACUCGCCGAGGGACAGAAAGACUAGGGACAGGAGCGCACAAGCCUCCCCCGACUGCAGCAGGUUCCCUCUCUUCCUUGCCUCGUAGGCGUUCGGCUUCUCCGGCUCUACUGCUGCCUCCUUCCUCCCAGCAAACGAGAUGUCAGCUCAACGUGAUGUUGUAAAAUCCAUGUGAGGACGAAAGACAGAUGCAAUGAUUUGAAAGGCAGCUACCUGCUAAGCCCUGUGAUAAUGGAUGGGAAUGUACUCCCUUAGCGGCGAACUGAUCAUUUUCCCCUUGAUGGACACUGCAGCCGGCCACUUGCAUUGGCAGACACAAGCUCGCUGCAAAUAAGCACGGCCAAUAAGUGCAGCGAAGAGGAGGGAAAAGCCCACUUGUCAGGGUAUCUGAUUUUGGAGGAAUAGUUUUUUUUGCCUACUGGAAGAAUGCAGUGAAACUGCCAAUAUUUCUAGCUGGAAUUAUAAGUUUAAUAUUCACCUUUAGUGUUACUAAUUUCUUACUAAAUAGUACCUCAAAGUAGAAUAAAGAUGUAUGGAAGUGCAAGAACAAUCAGCAACUUAGAAGGAAGUCCCUCCAGGUCUCCUCGUUUGCCAAGAUCUCCUCGCCUAGGCCACAGGCGAACAAGUAGUGGAGGAGGAGGAGGAACGGGUAAGACGUUAUCAAUGGAGAACAUCCAGUCCCUUAAUGCAGCCUAUGCAACAUCUGGACCAAUGUAUCUGAGUGACCAUGAAGGUGUAGCUUCUACUACUUUCCCAAAGGGCACGAUGACUCUUGGAAGGGCUACAAAUCGAGCUGUGUAUGGUGGUCGAGUCACAGCUAUGGGGAGCAGUCCUAAUAUUGCUUCAGCUGGACUGUCCCACACAGACGUCCUUUCUUACACUGAUCAGCAUGGAGGACUGACCACAUCUUCACACCAUCAUCACCAUCAGGUUCCUUCUAUGCUGAGGCAGGUUAGAGAUAGUACCAUGUUAGACCUGCAGGCUCAGCUUAAGGAUCUACAGAGGGAGAAUGAUCUUCUCAGAAAAGAACUAGACAUUAAAGACAGCAAGCUGGGAUCCUCCAUGAACAGCAUCAAAACUUUCUGGAGUCCUGAAUUAAAGAAAGAAAGAAUAUUGAGAAAGGAAGAAGCAGCCAGAAUGUCAGUUCUUAAAGAGCAAAUGAGAGUUUCCCAUGAAGAAAAUCAGUUUUUGGAUGCCAGGAGAACAAAGCAUCUGCAAAUGACAAUCCAGGCACUUCAAGAUGAGCUUAGAACCCAGAGAGACCUUAAUCAUCUUCUGCAGCAAGAAAGUGGAAACCGAGGGGCUGAGCAUUUUACCAUUGAGCUCACAGAGGAGAAUUUUCGAAGACUUCAAGCAGAACAUGACAGACAAGCUAAAGAGCUUUUCCUAUUAAGAAAAACUCUAGAAGAAAUGGAGCUUAGGAUUGAAACACAAAAGCAAACACUAAAUGCUAGAGAUGAAUCAAUAAAAAAGCUUCUGGAAAUGUUGCAAAGUAAAGGUUUGCCAUCUAAAGGAAUGGAAGAUGACAAUGAGAGAACUCGAAGGAUUGCAGAAGCUGAAUCUCAGGUUAAUCAUUUAGAAGUGAUAUUAGACCAAAAGGAGAAGGAAAACAUACAUCUUAGAGAGGAGUUACAUAGAAGAACCCAACUUCAGCCUGAGCCAGCAAAGACGAAGGCUCUUCAAACAGUUAUUGAAAUGAAGGAUACAAAAAUAGCUUCACUUGAGCGCAAUAUAAGAGAUCUUGAAGAUGAAAUACAGAUGUUAAAGACAAAUGGAGUUCUGAAUACAGAAGACCGAGAAGAAGAAAUAAAACAAAUAGAAGUUUAUAAGAGUCACUCAAAGUUCAUGAAAAAUAAGAUUGACCAACUGAAACAAGAACUCUCAAAAAAAGAAUCGGAACUUCUUGCCUUACAAACUAAGCUUGAAACCCUUAGCAAUCAGAAUUCAGAUUGCAAGCAACACAUUGAAGUGCUUAAAGAGUCACUUACUGCCAAAGAACAGAGAGCUGCCAUACUUCAGACAGAGGUUGAUGCCUUGCGGUUACGAUUGGAAGAAAAAGAAACGUUUCUCAAUAAGAAAACAAAACAACUUCAAGACCUCACAGAAGAGAAAGGAACCCUAGCUGGGGAGAUUCGAGAUAUGAAAGACAUGUUGGAAGUAAAAGAAAGGAAAAUUAAUGUCCUUCAAAAAAAGAUUGAAAAUCUACAGGAGCAACUUAGGGACAAAGACAAACAACUAACUAAUCUAAAAGACAGAGUGAAGUCAUUGCAGACGGAUUCUAGUAACACAGACACAGCACUAGCAACCUUAGAAGAAGCACUAUCAGAAAAGGAAAGAAUAAUAGAGCGCUUGAAGGAGCAAAGGGAGCGAGAUGACAGAGAAAGACUUGAAGAAAUCGAAUCUUAUAAAAAAGAAAACAAAGACCUGAAGGAGAAAGUUAAUGCUUUACAAGCUGAGCUGACAGAAAAAGAGUCUAGUUUAAUCGAUCUCAAAGAACAUGCAUCUUCAUUGGCAUCAGCAGGGCUGAAAAGAGACUCCAAACUUAAGUCUUUAGAAAUAGCCAUAGAACAAAAGAAAGAAGAGUGUAGUAAGUUGGAAGCACAGUUGAAAAAGCAAGCUGAACAGUUGUUCAAUCAGAUGUACAAUCCAAUGCCAAUUAGGAAUAAUGGGAAGCAAGGGGCUCAUGAGGCUGAAGAGGAGGCACGGAUGAACCCAGAAUUUGCAGACAGAAUGAAACAGCUUGACAAAGAGGCAUCAUACUAUAGAGAAGAAUGUGGCAAAGCUCAGGCUGAGGUUGAGAGACUUCUAGAAAUACUCAAGGAAGUAGAGAAUGAGAAGAAUGACAAAGAUAAGAAAAUUGCUGAGUUAGAAAGCUUGACUUCCAGACAUAUGAAAGACCAAAACAAGAAGGUUGCUAAUCUGAAGCAUAAUCAACAAAUGGAGAAAAAAAAGAAUGCACAGCUGCUGGAAGAAGUUCGUAGACGAGAGGACAAUAUGACAGACAACUCUCAACAGUUACAAGUAGAAGAACUGAUGAAUGCAUUGGAAAAGACUAGACAAGAAUUAGAUUCUACCAAAGCCCGUCUUGCCUCAACACAGCAGUCUUUGGCUGAGAAGGAAGCACAUCUGGCUAACCUAAGAAUAGAGAGGAGAAAACAGCUUGAAGAAAUUCUAGAAAUGAAACAGGAAGCCCUGCUUGCUGCAAUUAGUGAAAAAGAUGCAAACAUUGCCUUGCUUGAACUGUCCGCUUCAAAGAAAAAGAAGACUCAAGAGGAAGUAAUGGCUCUUAAAAGAGAGAAGGACAGAUUAGUGCAUCAGUUAAAACAGCAGACACAAAACAGAAUGAAACUGAUGGCAGAUAACUAUGAUGACAACCAUCACCACUACCACCACCAUCACCACCACCACCAUCACCGAUCUCCUGGGAGGCCACAACACUCCAACCACAGACCUUCUCCAGAUCAGUUGUCAGAGGAACUAGUGAAAGAGGAAGAAAAAACGUAUCACUGGAAUGUAACGAUGAUAAUCUAUUGCAUUGGAUCUCCAAACAUGACCAUGAUAUCCUGGAGAAGAUCACAGAUGCAGAAAAUGAAUGCUAAGGUUGAUAUCUAAUGAAAUGAUGCAUUAAUUGGUAUCUUCUCCAUUAUUUCUUGUAGUCUACUAGGAAAUUAGAUACUUUGGAAAAAAAUGAAGGAGACUCAAGCAGAAAUUACAAGAGCUUUAUUUCUGUCUUUAAUGGGUCUUGCAAGUUAUUGUUUUCACAAACAAACCUUCUGUUUAGAAUAUUAUUGUUUAAUGAAGUUCAGUUAAACAGGUUAUUUGACUAAUUAUUGGUAAAUUGAUAUUGAUUUUAAUAAGUAAUUCAGAUUCGUUUAGGUAUGGUAUCUGCAUUUGCUGAUUUUACCUAGUCUAUUCUAAAACUUCUAUUGCACUAGAUUAUCAAAGAGGUAUUAGUAAAAUGCUAUAUAAGGGUGUUGGCAUUAAUCUUACCCCCAGUUAGAUGUGGGCUUUUUCAAAAAAUAAAACCCAAGACUUUACCCUCCUCUGUUUUCUUAUAUCUACUGAUAAAAUAAUUAUAAUCAAAAAAUAAAACCCAAACCAAAAACCACCAACAGCAUCAAAAAAAAAAAAAAAAAAAACACAUUGAUAGUAUAACUGGUAUUAAGCUCUGGGCCAGGUUGGAAAUGAAAUCAAUUUUUGGUACUAAUAACUGAUGGCAAAGAUUAGCUUUAUGAAAAUAUGGUGUGUGUCUCUGACAAUGCAUAGGACAUCUAAUUUGAUCAUAAAUAUAUGAUUAUAAACAAGAUGUAUCUAUUCCUGGAUGGUAAAAGCUUGAGACAUAUAUAAAUACAUAUGUAUUUGUAUGUAUGGACAUAUACACAAGGAUGUAUCAACCUUUUACCAUCCAAAUGCAUACAGAUCUUCAACAAUAAAAGCUGGGACUCUAAAAAAUAAAAAUAAAAAUAAAGAUUGCUGUGAAUACAGUAUAUGCACUAGGUCUCCUGUAAAUGAGAAACUGUUUGUUAUCGUUUUCUGUAUUGAAAAACAGACUCCAACAUGGAUCCCAAUAACUCUUAGAUGUUACAGAAGAAAAUACCAAUGAUCAAAUAGCACUUAGAGGCUGUUUGUAUCAACAAAAUAUAUCUAGUAUAAUAAUUCUGAAGCACAUGCAAUGAAAAAAUAAAAAUAUGAAGUCAUUACAUUCAAUGAGAAAUUAUUAACUGCUAGUUAAGUCUCAAGGAGAGGAUCCUUAUGACUCCAUGAACAUUUUUGGUCAGUCUGGCAAAUGUGCAAAUGCUUGGUUGUUUUAUUGAGGCAUCUUUUUGUCCAUGGAAGAAAUGCUUCCAUGCUGAUGGGAGUGGGAACAGAAUAUCUGCAUUUUUAAAGGACAAACAAUAAAUUUAAGCAUGGGUGGCCUUAAUCCUUAGUAUUUUUUUCUUUGCUGCUGUAAAAAAAAGAAAAA